CAUAGUUCUAAUACUGAACUUGUAAAGUAUUAAGCAAUAACGAUGUUUAAGUUAAUCAGCCUACUGGUAGUGGGUUUAGCCUUAACAUUCAAGAAUGGCAAUGGUGAAGCUAUAGAAGACUUAAAGGAAAGUGAAUGGUGGGAAAAUGCUUCCCUUUAUCAAAUCUAUCCACGAUCCUUUCAAGACAGCGAUGGUGAUGGUGUGGGAGAUUUGAAAGGUAUUACCUCAAGAUUGGAAUAUUUAAAGGAGAUUGGUAUUACCGCCACUUGGUUGUCGCCCAUAUUUGAAUCGCCUAUGGCUGAUUUUGGUUAUGAUAUAUCGAAUUUUACCCGCAUUGAUCCCACAUUUGGUACCUUGGAUGAUUUCGAUGAAUUGAUAGCGAAGGCCAAACAAUUGGGUGUUAAGAUUUUGUUGGACUUUGUGCCCAAUCAUUCGUCCGAUCAGAGUGUAUGGUUUCAAAAGUCUGUCAAAAGAGAGCCGGGUUUUGAGGAUUUUUAUAUGUGGCAUGAUGGCAAAGUUGAUCCAGAGAAUCCAACACAGAGAUUGCCGCCCAGCAAUUGGAAAUCCCUUUUUGGUGGUCCCAUGUGGACUUGGCACGAGGAGCGCCAACAAUAUUAUUUGCAUCAGUUUUUGGCCGAACAGCCCGAUUUUAAUUACUCAAAUCCUUUGGUGCGCCAGAAUAUGUUAGAUGUCUUGGGCUAUUGGCUGGAACGUGGUGUGGAUGGUUUUCGUAUUGAUGCUGUACCUCAUAUCUUUGAGGCUCGUAACGAUGACGGUUCUUUUCCCGAUGAGGAUAAAAGUGGUGGUUCUUCAGAUUCUACUACUUAUGCUUAUUACACUCAUAAGUAUACCAAAGAUCAAUAUCCUACAAUAGAGUUGUUGUAUGAGUGGAGAGCAUAUUUGGAUGAUUUCCGUGCGAAAAAUGGUGGAGACAGCAGAAUCCUCUUAACAGAAUCCGCUUCCCCCAUUGACUUCUUAAGCUUAGCUGUUAGUAAUGCCACCCAUCAAGGUGCCCAAAUACCCAUGAAUUUCAACCUAAUGGAUCUAACGAGUUCUUCAACGGCCCUAGAUCUCGAAACCUUGGCCAAUAACUGGAUGGAUACCAUAUGGAAAAAUCACCAAUCUGCCAAUUGGUUGGUGGGUAAUCAUGACUGCAGUAGAGUGGGCAAUCGUGUUGGUAGAAAUAAAAUCGAUUUAGUUAAUAUUAUUGUACACUCUUUGCCUGGUACUUCGAUCACUUAUUACGGUGAGGAGCUGGGCAUGAUUGAUGCUGUUAUCGAAUGUACACCUAGUCAUUGUGGAGAUCGUGAUGCCGAAAGAUCUCCCAUGCAAUGGAAUUCGGAAGCUAAUGCUGGCUUUUCGCAAGCUGCCACAACUUGGUUGCCUUUAGCGCAGGAUUAUGAAUUGUAUAAUGUUGAGACAGAGUCACAAAUUGGACACAGUACAUUACAGAUUUUUAAGGCUUUACAGGAGUUAAAGAAGACCUCUGCAUUCAAGAACACUAAGGGAGAUGGUGGCUUUUCCUAUAAAGCCCUAACAGAGGAAAUAUUCCAAAUCAUAAGAGCUGUACCAGACAAGGAGGAAUAUAUGAUUUUGGUUAAUAUGAGUGACAAAUUGCAAUAUGUAGAGAAUUUGAGUUCAAAAACUUAUGAGUAUGUUUUGAUGAAUACUUAUUCUCCCCAUACUGAAGGGGACAAGGCCGAUUUAAGUGGUCGUUUGUAUUUGCUGCCCAAUGAAGCUGUGAUUUUGAAAUGGAUUGUUUGAGUGCGCUUAAUUUGUUUAUAAAAUGUAUUUAGAACUUAAAACUAACACAAUAAAGUUAUUUAGAAUAGCAAA